CCAGCCCCGACGGAAACAUGCAUAAGAAGAAGGCGCCCUCAGGACCCCCGGGACGCGGCGCGGCGGCAGCCAGACAGCUGGGCCUUCUGGUAGACUUCUCCCCUGAUGGGAUGAUGAUUCCUGAAGAUGGUGUCAAUGAUGCUGACCUUGAGGCAGAGUUCAUGGCCUUGGUAGGGGCCCAGCCACCUCAGGAGCUCAAAAGCAAAGCUCCUUUGCCUAUGGAGACCAUUGAAAAGAUGGCCUCCCUGUGUAUGAAGGACAUGGAUGAAGGAGAGGAGGAAGAGGAUGAUGAUGAUGAUGAUGAUGUGGAAGAUGAUGAUGAGCUUCUGGCAGAGCUCAAUGAAGUUCUUGGGGAAAGGGAGGAGCCCCAAGAUACCCAGAGCCUCCCCCUGGCCAAGUCACCCGGUCUUCUACAACCUAAGGUCAGCCCCAGCAGUGCUGGCAUGGAAACCACCCUGGCUGAAAGACUGGCCAUGUACCAGACUGCCAUCACCAAUGCCAAGCAGGCUGGGGACAGCUCGAAGGUCCGGAGAUAUGAGCGAGGUGUCAAGACAUUAGAGAAUAUGCUGGUCUCAGUUAAGAAGGGACGUAGCAUCAACGAAGACGACAUCCCACCUCCUGUGGCCAUGGGGAAGAGCCUGACACCUCCCCUGGAGAUUCCACCGACACAGAGUACCAUACCCACCCAGCCCCCUGAACGUCAGCUGCCAGCUGUUCCUCCCAAAACACUGUCUGUGCCUGCCAGUCAUGGCUCUGGGGUGACUGAGAAGCCAGUUUCUGUGGCCUCACCUGUGAGCUCUGGUUCUGGCAGCCCUGAGUCCCUGACCCUGUUGCAGGAGCGGCAGCGAGAAUACAAAAGGGCCGCUUUGCGCUCCAAGCAGGAAGGCAACUCAGAAGCAGCCACUAAGUAUUACCGAGUAGCCAAGAGCUUUGAUGCUGUCCUGGAAGCAAUGACCAGGGGUGAGGCUGUGGACCUAUCCCGGUUACCUCCCCCACCUGAUCAGAUGCUCAAGACCUUGCCAUCCCCAGGGCUCCAGCCUCGUGCUUCUACCCCUGGUGCUAGCACUGUCUCCCCUUCCAUGCCAGAGAUGCCCCCACCUCCACGGGCCCUGCUAGAGGCCUUGGAACAGCGGAUGGAGCGUUAUCGGGUGGCUGCAGGGCAGGCCAGAGACAAAGGGGAUGAUCGCAAGGCUCGGAUGCAUGACCGGAUAGUCAAACAAUAUCAGGAUGCCAUCCGGGCGCACAAGUCGGGCAGAUCUGUGGAUGUGGCUGAACUGCCUGUUCCACCGGGUUUCCCCCCAAUUCAGGGUCUGGAAACAGCCACACCCACACAGCAAAGCCUAGUAGGGGUUCUGGAGACUGCCAUGAGGUUGGCCAAUCAGGAUGAGGAGGAAGAAGAGACAAAGAAGCCCAGCACCCACUCCCUUCCUUCUCCACAACCCAAAGUCCAGGCCUCCCGGCCCUCCAUUCCAGGCCCUGGCCCAGCUGGGAAAGUGGCUGUAAAAGGCUCCACCAAAGCCCAGCAGCAGCUGGCUUUCCUGGAAGGAAGGAAGAAGCAGCUGUUGCAGGCAGCCGUGCGAGCCAAGCAAAAGAAUGACCUCGAAGGCGCAAAACUCUUUCUUCGCCAAGCCAAGGGACUGGAGCCCAUGUUGGAGGCUUCGGUUAAUGGGCUCCCUGUCGACAUCACCAAGGUGCCGCCAGCACCUGUCAAUAAAGAAGAUUUCACACUGGUCCAACGGCCUGGCGCAGCCAUCUCUCUGGAGGAGGCUGGGCAUUAUGCAGAGCUCACCAAGUUGAUGAGGCAGCAGCAUGAGAUGUGCCUGAAGUACUCCAAUCAAUUCACCCACCUGGGAAAUGUUGUGGAAACCAGCAAGUUUGAGAAAAUGGCUGAGGACUGUAAGAAGAGCAUGGAGAUUCUGAAGCAAGCCCACAGCCGAGGCUUCCCACUUCCCAAGUUCCACUAUGAACAGAGGACAUUCAGUGUGGUCAAGAUCUUCCCAGAGCUCAGCAGUAGUGACAUGGUUCUGUUCAUAGUGAAGGGCAUCAACCUUCCCACACCGCCAGGGCUAUCCCCCAGUGAUCUGGACACCUUCGUGCGAUUUGACUUCCCCUAUCCCAAUGCAGAAGAAGCUCAGAAAGAUAAGACCAAUGUGAUAAAGAAUACAGCCUCCCCAGAGUUCAAGGAGCAGUUCAAGCUUUUCAUCCAGCGGGGACACCGGGGCUUCAAGCGUGCCAUCCAAACCAAAGGAAUAAAAUUUGAAGUGAUGCACAAGGGGGGACUGUUCAAGCCAGACCGUGCCCUGGGCACUGCCCAGCUCAAGCUGGAGGGCUUGGAGUCAGCCUGUGAGAUCCGAGAAAUCCUUGAGAUCCUGGAUGGCCGUCGCCCCACAGGAGGACGGCUUGAGGUGAUGGUCCGCCUGCGGGAGCCACUGACUUCACAGCAGCUAGACACUGUCACAGAGAGGUGGCUGGUCAUUGACCCUCUGCCCCCGACGGCAGUACCCAAGGCCAAGGCCCCACCCAUCCCUGUCCAAGGACGAGACCAAGGGGGCAACAGAUCAGCCCGCAGCUUACAGAGCCUCAGUGUCAUGGCCUUUGACCGGGAACGGCUGGAGAGGAAGAUUGUGGCAUACAAGCAGGCCCGGCGGGUGGUGCCUGGGGAGCUGGCCCAGCAGUACCAGGACCUUGUUCAGCACAGCCAGUGGCAGAGAGCACAGCUAGAACAGGGAGGCUCAGGCAUCAGGAGAGAGUACCACACUCAGCUGGAACGGUACCUGCAGUACUACACAGAGGCCGCCCGACGCCUGGGCAGUGAUGGCAAUAGGGAUGCGGCUAAGGAAGCUCUGUACAAACGGAACCUAGUGGUGGAGAGAGAGCUGCAGCAGCUUCGGAGGUGAUGGGAUCAUCAGGACUGUACCCAGGUCGCUGGGCUUCACCCAGUCCAAGCAACAAAGGCAGCUGAACUCUGGGAGCAGGUGUAGGGGCCCGGAGUGCUGGGAAGGAGGUGAUGGGAGAUAGGUGAACGUGAGAGCCCCAGGCUCCCUCCGUGCUCUCCAGCCGACCCUGAGGAUUCUGCUGAAGACCAAAUCUGCUGACAAUCCCUUGACAAUCAUUAGGAGGGAGGGGAUAUCUCUGGCCUGGCCCCACACUCUAGGGGAAAAGAAAGUGGGGUGGCACCUGCUUCAGGUUGGAUCUUGGUUUCUCUCUCUCACUCUCUCCCUAUCCUGGUGGAAUUGGAAUUGUGGAAACAAGCAAGUUAAAGUUACCACGGAGGCAUCUGUACCCACUAUGCCAUACAGAAUUCCCUAUUGGAAAGCCAGGCAAGCUGGCAGAGGCUCUCCGCUCCCGCGCCCUCAGAGAUGGUGGCUUAUCCCUUGGGCAUCAUUUCCCUUUCCCAGGUCCCCAUUGUCCCCUCUGUAGAAUGUGGUUUGCACAGUUGAGCCGGCUGCUGCCCCUGGCCUACCCAGGGAGGUGGGAGGGCAUCAAGGAAGUGGUGAGGCCUUGGGGACCAGGUUCUGGCUGGGUCCCACCCCUUCCCUACCAGUUUCCCAAGCACUUUAUUUUCUAAUCUGCCAGUCUGGGGCUCCUAGGAAACCUAGAGGUCCCAGCCUCAGAAGCCUUAACUGGCCAGCACCCACCCCAAAGAACACUCCUACCUGGGCAUGAGACCUGUGAGCUAGGCUCUCCCAGCCCCAUCUCCCUAAUCCUUAGCCUGCCUUGUCAGCUGCAGGAGGUGCAGACACAUGGCCCUCCCAGGUGAGGCAGACUUGCCAUUGCCACUGAGGAGGACCAGGACCUUGAGCCUCCCUGGAUUGUGGUGCCCCUGGCAGGAGGAAGAGUGGGUUUGGGUCAGGGGGAGCAGGCACACACAAUAAAAAGCAAGGGUUGCACACAG